AUGGGUAUAUGUCCGCCCGAAGCUAUCGUAGAUACUACACACACUGAAAGAGAUCAAUAUGAACUGAACGGGGAGGUGCUGCAUAACAAUCAACUUGUGCCCAGACAAGAGUCUCUUACCAAUACAACAACACCGGCUACCACAACUGCAUUUCGACGCACUGAGAGCUCAAUUACAGUGUACUAUCAGAAUGUUAGAGGGCUUCGAACGAAGAUCGAGGAUUUGUUUCUAACUGUUUCGAACGCAGAGUACGACAUAAUCGCUCUAACUGAAACAUGGCUUAAUGAGGAGAUUCAUUCUGUACAACUGUUCGGCACCAAUUACACGGUGUACCGGAACGAUCGCGACCCCAGUGCUACAGGGAAAAAGAGAGGAGGUGGAGUUCUCAUUGCGGUUUCGUCCAAGAUUAAUUCUUCUAAGUCCGCGUCUCGAGUUAGCAACAGUAUAGAGCAUCUUUGGGUGAACGUGUAUGGGUCGGGUAGCACCGUCGCCGUUGGUGUAGUCUAUAUAGCACCUGAGCUUGCAGUUGAAACCGAUGUCAUCGAACAGCAUAUUGAAUCUGCCUUUACUAUAACUGAAUCACUACGAUCGUGUGACUGCCAUUUACUGCUUGGGGAUUACAAUCAACCAGGUCUAGUAUGGACAAGCUCUUCUACUGGCUUUUUAUAUCCUGAUCCUUCCAAAUCAAGAUUUUCCACACCGAGCUCCGUUCUCGUUGAUGGAAUGGCUACGAUGGACAUGAAGCAAAUUAACGAUGUUAAAAAUAACAGAGAUCGUACCUUAGACCUCAUUUUUAUUAAUGCCGAGUUUGUUCCGAGGUGCUCUGUAUCAGAGGCAGUUGAGCCUCUAAUUCAGGCGGAUUUAUUUCAUCCAGCUCUUGUUGCUAACCUUCAGUAUACUUAUCCGAUUAACUACCAUGACUGCGCUGACGAGACUGAAUUCGACUUUCACAAAGCUGAUAUUGCUGCACUUAGCCGUGCUAUUGGGAAUCUCAACUGGUCGCAGUUAUUAGAUGGUAGUAUUGACAGCGCAGUGGAAAUUUUUACCUCCCAGAUGUCGCAGUUCUUUCAUCGUUUCGUUCCCGCUCCACGCACUCGCGGAAAACCACCGUGGUCGAAUCAUCAACUACGUGAGCUGAAACGCUUACGAGCCGCCGCAUUGAGACGCUACAUCAACUGUCGCAACCCGUUUACAAAGCGUGAAUUCAACUUCGCUAGUAGCAGUUACCGAACAUUAAAUCGUCAUCUUUACUCAAAAUAUGUGCAGCGUAAGGAAACAGAUUUGAAGCGUAAUCCAAAAAGCUUUUGGCACUUCAUGAACGAAAAACGCCAAACAAGUGGGCUACCGACAAGCAUGUUCCUCGAUACAAAAGUAGCUGAGUCUCGCGAAGCGAUCUGCAAUUUAUUUAUAUACCUCAUGCCUGCAAACUUUUGUAUGCUGAUGAUCUGA